AAUAAUCGGAGUCAAUUUUCAGGGAAGUCACGAUCGGUGAAAAACUCUCUGUGCACAUGCACACACCGGAGAUAUUAAUUUUUUCUUUAGCAGUAAAAUGGACACGUCGAGAGAAGAGAGAAGGUCGCUGCUGUCGCCAGCGGAUGAUAACUCUCACGACGUGCAAGGUCACAGAGGGUUCUAUGGCGCAAGUAGUUCUACGGAUGGAAAUAUCUCGCCUGUGCCCGCAGCAGCCAGCACAUCCUGUGGUAUCGUCAGCGACUCUGUGCCUUUCCUUCAAAUCACCCCUGGCCGUCCCGUGCACCCACACUACAUUGCGGACGUGUCUACAUCGACGCUCUUGGAAUCGGGCGAGGAGAGAUUUCGCUUGAUGCGCAGAGCGCUGGCCGACUCCAGAAGCAGUCGAGAGAGUCAGCCUCGCGCUAGCGCUGCCAGUGCCAGUUCAAGUGCGAAGUCCUGUGUACACAUAUCCUGGAGUCACGUGCACGUGCACAUACGCAAAUCCGUUUCGUUGCGGAGUAGACUUGGCUUCGAUUCUGCCGACAACGAAGACGACACUGACAACGGAUACGAUGGCCCUGCACCUAGGAGAUCGCAAUCACGUCCAGAUGAACAGUACGAAAAGACCAUUCUGAAAAAUGUGAGUGGCUCGGUGUCUCCAGGUCAACUCCUGGCCAUAAUGGGUGCAAGUGGCGCAGGCAAGACAACGCUACUGAACAUCUUAGCCGGUCGUAAUGCAUACGGAUUGGAGCUGACUGGCCAGAUUCAGAUCAACGGCGAGGCUGUGGAACCAGACUUUGUCUGCAGUGUGUCUGGUUAUAUCCAGCAGGAGGAUUUGUUUAUCUCCACUCUGACCGUGCGCGAGACACUCAUUUUCCAGGCUCUUCUUCGUAUGCCCCACGGCAACAGUGAGGCGCAACGGCUAGAAAGAGUCGAGGAAGUCUUGCAGGAGGUUGGAUUGCUUGACGUCGCUGGAUCCACCAUAGGAGACCCGCUGCGUAUCCGUGGAAUUUCCGGCGGUGAGCGGAAGCGUCUGUCCUUUGCAUCUGAGGUGCUGACUGAUCCUCCACUUCUCUUUGUGGAUGAACCUACCAGUGGCCUUGACUCCUACAUGGCUGAAUCUGUGGUGACAACGCUGCAAAACCUUGCACAGGCCGGACGCACCAUCCUCACCACUAUCCACCAGCCGGCAUCGGAGAUCUACACCAUGUUUGAUCGUGUUAUGCUAUUGGCGGAAGGCCGCACUGCCUUCUUGGGACCAUGCCAGGAGGCAAUCGAACACUUCAGAAGUCAAGGACAUGAGUGUCCGCCCAACUUCAAUCCGGCUGAUUUCUUUGUGCACAAACUUGCGAUUGUGCCGCGCAAGGAAGACGAGUGCAGGCAGAGAGUCAAGAGUAUUGCGGAUGCGUUCGAGGAGAGAAGGGAUCUGGCUCCGGAGGAAACCUACAAGGAAGAAAGCAGGGCGGCCAAUCUUGUCGGAAGGGAGAGGGAGUCAUGGUGCACUCAACUCAGAGUGAUCAUGAAGAGAUCAUGGCUGGCGUUUGUCCGGGACCCCGGUCUCAUUCGCGUGCGCUUCAUUCAGACUAUUUUCACUGCACUGCUGGCUGGCAUAGUGUACCUGAGAAUGGCGGAUAACCAGUCCAGAGUGCAGAACGCUGCUGGAAUCAUCUUCUUCAUGGUCACGAAUCAAGUCUUCAACCCUCUCUUCUCCGUGCUUCAAGUCUUUCCUCUCGAGUUACCGCUGUUCUUACGAGACGUUCAGAACAGAAUGUACGCUACAAAUGUCUACUUCCUCAGCAAAACCCUGACAGAGCUACCAUUCAACAUAUUCAAUGCAGCUGUGUACGUGUCAAUCACCUACUGGAUGGUGGGUCUGAACGACGAGCUGGAUCGAUUCGGAUACGCGGUGGCCAUGAUCGUCUUGGUUACGCUGUGUGCCAUCUCCAUGAGUUACUUUGUGUCGGCUGUGUCACCCACCAUCCACGUAGCUAUGGCCAUUGCUCCUAUGCUCCUCAUGCCCUUCCUGCUCUUCGGUGGACUCUUCAUCAAAGUCAGUGAGAUACCGGUAUUCCUUAAGUGGAUGACUCACAUCUCGUUUAUCAACUAUGCAUUCGAGGGCCUGCUGAUCAACGAGUGGCAUAACCGCAGUGUUGGGUCUGAUCCAGGUGAGCAAAUCCUCUAUGAGCAUGGAAAGCAGGUCAUUGAGCUGUAUGGCUUCGAGGAUAACAUGUCUCAUGCAUACUGGGAUAUCUACAAAGUGAUCAUGUGGGCGGCUGCAGUGCGCAUUCUCGCCUACAUCAUGCUCGAGGUACGCGUGUGGCGCUCAACUCACCGAUAAAUCCCAGAAGAGUUAGACCGCGUUUCAAGACGGAGGCUGCAUCUUUUGUUCACAGUGUUGUGCAUUAUUCGAGCAUGUGGCAAGUGCGGCAGUUUGUACAACUUUGUUUCCUAAGCCUGAUGUAUCUUUUCACAUGACAUCGUGGGCAUUGUGAAAACAUGAAUAGUAUCUUUUCACAUUACAUCGUGGGCAUUGUGAAAACACGAAUAGUAUCCUUUCUCUACUACGUAGUCCUGUUGCAUUUUCUUUUUUUACUUUACUUUCAACAGAUUUGUUUAUCCCCUGAAUGCAGGGUAAAUUUCUAUAUUGAGACACUUUGACAACAUUGUAUCGCCAUUUUGAAACAUUCAUGUAAAUUGAAAUAUUUACACUAUUCAAAGUCACUAGUACAAAGCACAUGUUUGUGUUAGCAUUCCAUUUUCCAACAUUUUGAAUAUGCUUCAACAUUUAAAAACAUUUCCAAGCCUCCUCA